CACUCGUUGAGUCAGCCAGCCAAAACGCAACUUAAUCAAGAAGAAUGAGCAGCGCAGCCCGCGAGGAAGUGACGACGGAGGUGGUGACGACACCUCCGUCCGCUGGCACAGCCCCAGUCUAUCGUAUGGAACUGCAACCGCGUCCACACGUGACCUUCGAUGAGAGCGUCGUGGACAACGAGCACCUUGGACGCAAACGUUCCAACAAGUGCUGCAUUUUCCACAAGAAGAGGGACUUUGGAGAGAGCUCCAGUGAGAGUGGCGAGGACUCUGACGAUUCGGAUAGCAGUGACGAGCACCACCACCACAACCGUUCACAUGAUUGCAAGUAUAAAGCGCGUCGCCGUCGGACGAGGCCGAAGAAGCGAGUGCCAUCGCCAUCUUCUUCUGAUGAGGAGAAGAUGCCUGCGCCGCUUCAGUAGAAAAGAGCAGGAAGUUAGUUAUACAAUUAAGACGAUAAAGGCACUUUUGUAUUCGAGCGUGGGCGAUACAUGUAGUUAACUUGCCAACCGCAUUACCGUCGGGAAGCACCUCCACGCUAUCCGGAGAGUUAGAAGUAUUAAUAAUAAGGGCCGUUUGUACGACUCUAGUACUA